UUAAUGCAGCAACCAGUACUGUCGCAUAAGCCUCAUAGAUUUAGAGAGGCCAUUUUAGAAACACGACCGAAACUUAGCGAAGUCAGCUUUGCCCAAGAUCACGCCACUCGCACAACAGCUGAGGUUCGAACCCGCACUGGGAAGGCUCGGAGGACCCCAAUCUCCUAUCUCAAAUUCCCCACUGCCGAAGCCCCACGGUUCUCUGCCGAUGCGAACCGUGCAAAUACAGGGGUGGUCGCGCCACACGCCGCGCUAGCCGCCAGCCCAGGCCCAUCUCGCCGCCGCCUCCCCGGGAGAGUGUCGUGCCGCGAGUCUCGGGUCCCAAGUGCCACCCGCUCCGCCCCGCAGUGCGCGUGGGAACGCGGUGGCGGCGGCCUCGGGGCUGCCCACGGCGACCGCCUGCGCGCACGGGAGCGGGCUUCUGCUGUCCCCACCGCGGCCUCCUCCUCGUCGCCACCGCCUCCCCACCUCCCGGCCCGCGCAGGGGAUGGCGUCUGGGGGGCGCGCGGCGAUGCUUCUUUUCCGCCCGGCACCGCUGCAGCCACCUCACAUCCGGGCGUGCGGCGGGGAAGGCGGCGCCGGGGCCCGGGUGCAGAGCAUUGUAGACCAAGGAGCCAUGGAUAGGAGAAGUGUGGGUGAAACAGAAAAUGGAGAUGCUUUCCUUGACCUGAAGAAGCCACCUGCCUCCAAAUGCCCCCAUCGCUAUACAAAAGAAGAACUCUUGGAUAUAAAAGAACUCCCCCAUUCCAAACAGAGGCCUUCGUGCCUUUCUGAAAAAUAUGACAGUGAUGGCGUCUGGGACCCUGAGAAGUGGCAUGCCUCUCUCUACCCAGCUUCAGGGCGAAGCUCACCCGUGGAAAGUCUGAAGAAAGAGCUGGAUACAGACCGGCCUUCCCUGGUGCGCAGGAUAGUAGAUCCACGAGAGCGUGUGAAAGAAGAUGACUUAGAUGUUGUUCUCAGCCCUCAGAGACGGAGCUUUGGAGGGGGCUGCCACGUGACAGCUGCUGUUAGCUCCCGGCGCUCAGGAAGUCCAUUAGAGAAAGAUAGUGAUGGGCUUCGUCUGCUUGGUGGACGUAGGAUUGGCAGUGGGAGGAUAAUCUCUGCCCGGACUUUUGAGAAGGAUCACCGUCUUAGCGAUAAGGACCUGCGAGACUUGAGAGACAGAGACCGAGAGAGGGACUUCAAGGACAAGCGUUUCAGGAGAGAGUUUGGAGAUAGUAAGCGUGUCUUUGGUGAGCGUAGAAGAAAUGAUUCUUAUACAGAAGAAGAACCAGAGUGGUUCUCUGCUGGACCCACAAGUCAGUCUGAAACCAUCGAACUGACUGGCUUUGAUGAUAAGAUACUAGAAGAAGAUCACAAAGGGAGAAAAAGAACAAGGCGACGGACAGCCUCUGUGAAGGAAGGUAUAGUAGAGUGCAAUGGAGGAGUGGCCGAAGAGGAUGAAGUGGAGGUCAUCCUUGCACAGGAGCCUGCGGCUGAUCAGGAAGUGCCAAGGGAUGCCGUCUUGCCUGAGCAGUCCCCAGGAGAAUUUGACUUUAAUGAGUUCUUUAACCUUGAUAAGGUGCCAUGCUUGGCUUCGAUGAUAGAAGAUGUUUUGGGAGAAGGGUCAGUCUCUGCCAGUCGGUUCAGUAGGUGGUUCUCUAACCCAAGCAGAUCAGGAAGCCGAUCCAGCAGUCUUGGGUCAACACCACAUGAAGAGCUAGAGAGACUUGCAGGUCUGGAGCAAGCCAUCCUCUCUCCUGGACAGAACUCGGGGAAUUACUUUGCUCCUAUACCAUUGGAAGACCAUACUGAAAAUAAAGUGGAUAUUUUAGAAAUGCUACAGAAAGCGAAAGUGGAUUUGAAACCUCUUCUUUCCAGCCUUUCUGCAAAUAAAGAAAAACUUAAAGAAAGCUCACAUUCAGGGGUUGUGCUUUCCGUGGAGGAGGUAGAAGCAGGUCUGAAGGGCUUGAAGGUGGACCAGCAAGUGAAGAAUUCGACUCCCUUCAUGGCAGAACACCUAGAAGAGACCUUGACUGCUGUAACCAACAGUCGACAACUCAAGAAAGACGGAGACAUGACUGCGUUCAACAAGCUAGUGAGCACAAUGAAGGCAAGUGGGACUUUGCCUUCUCAACCCAAAGUCAGCCGAAACCUUGAAAGCCAUUUGAUGUCCCCUGCUGAGAUUCCAGGCCAGCCUGUCCCUAAGAACAUCCUGCAGGAACUUCUGGGUCAACCAGUUCAGAGACCUGCUUCUUCUAAUCUUCUGAGUGGCCUUAUGGGGAGCUUGGAGCCUACAACAUCUUUACUGGGCCAAAGAGCACCCUCUCCUCCCUUGUCACAGGUGUUUCAAACUCGAGCAGCCUCAGCUGACUACCUUCGCCCAAGAAUACCAUCACCAAUUGGUUUCACACCAGGACCACAGCAGCUACUCGGAGAUCCAUUCCAAGGCAUGCGCAAACCCAUGAGCCCCAUCACGGCCCAGCAGAUGAGCCAGCUGGAGUUGCAACAGGCAGCUUUAGAAGGGCUGGCCUUGCCACAUGACCUUGCUGUACAGGCAGCAAACUUCUACCAGCCUGGUUUUGGCAAACCACAGGUGGACAGAACCAGAGAUGGAUUCAGAAACAGGCAACAGCGAGUGACCAAGUCACCAGCACCAGUGCAUCGAGGGAAUUCCUCUUCCCCUGCCCCUGCUGCCUCCAUCACAAGCAUGCUUUCUCCUUCCUUUACCCCUACCUCAGUGAUUCGUAAGAUGUACGAGAGCAAAGAGAAAAGCAAGGAGGAGCCAACAUCUGGAAAAGCAGCUCUUGGUGACAGUAAAGAGGAUACUCAGAAGACCAGUGAAGAGAACCUCCUGUCCUCCAACUCUGUCCCCAGUGCCGAUCGAGACUCUUCUCCCACUAGAAAUCCAAAACUGUCAGCGUUACAGAGGUCUUCGUGUUCCACCCCACUGUCCCAGACUAGCCGUUACACCAAAGAACAAGAUUAUCGACCUAAAGCAACUGGGAGAAAAACACCCACCUUGGCAUCCCCAGUUCCUACACCACCUUUUCUCCGCCCUGUCCACCAAGUUCCCCUUGUCCCCCAUGUCCCUAUGGUUAGGCCUGCUCACCAGCUUCACCCAGGGUUGGUACAGAGGAUGCUGGCCCAGGGAGUACAUCCACAGCAUCUUCCAAGUUUGCUCCAAACUGGUGUGCUUCCUCCUGGGAUGGACUUGACUCAUUUACAGGGAAUAUCUGGCCCUAUCCUGGGUCAGCCCUUUUACCCUUUACCUGCUGCUAGUCACCCUCUCUUAAACCCUCGUCCUGGAACACCUCUGCAUCUGGCAAUGGUGCAACAGCAGCUACAGCGCUCAGUUCUGCAUCCUCCAGGCUCUGGUUCCCAGGCAGCAGCUGUCAGCAUUCAGACAACUCCUCAGAACAUGCCCAGCCGGUCGGGCCUGCCCCACAUGCACUCCCAGCUGGAGCAUCGCCCCAGCCAGAGGAGCAGCUCCCCUGUGGGCCUCGCCAAAUGGUUUGGCUCAGAUGUGCUACAGCAACCCCUGCCUUCGAUGCCUGCCAAAGUUAUCAGUGUAGAUGAAUUGGAAUACCGACAGUGAGCAGGGCAGGCAGACUCAACUAAGCCCGGACCUGUGGUGGCACCCUGGGCAGGACCCUGCUUCCUCAUCUCGGGUUGGUUUAUGGGCUUUUACUUUAGAGCACUCUGUGUGAAGCUAUUUGGUGGAACCCAUGCACCUGGUGUGGUCCGCAUUAUGAUGGAAGGAUCUUAACCAGUCGAGUGGAGUGUACAUUGUCUGAAUACAGGAUGCACAAUGUUGUCAAUCCUGGAAAUGGUCUUUCUUUUUUGUAAGAUAUGUGAAUGAAGUGUUGGUGUCCUCACCAAGAGGUGGCACCUAAGGGUUCUGAGGAAAUAAAUGUAUAGACCCUUAUGUACAGACCUGUGUAUAAACAACUUUUUGUAUAUACAUAUAGGAUAGCUUUUUUGAACUUAUACAGCUGUACAUAAAAGUAGCUGAUAUUAGUUAGGCCUGUGUCAACAGUUUGGAUUUUUUUCACUUGUACAUUUGGGAUUUUCUUUUGGUUGAUUAAAAUUGCAUAUGCUAAGUGUGGGAAUGAAGUAA